ACUGACAAUAGUUGUACAUGGUCAAGUUCACUGACUCUUAUACUUGACUCAAUAUGAAAAUUCUUAUACUUUUUGUUUUUUUAUUUAUUUCAUCUACAUCCUCAUUAAUAUUAAGCUUACUUGAGUCAAUUUAUGGACAGUAUCUUCAACAAGGAAUACCCUUUAGAGAAAACACUUUUUUAAAUAAUAAACCAAUACUGCGUGAGUAUGAUUUUGUUAUAAUUGGAGCAGGUCCCGGAGGCAGUGUUGUUGCAAACCGUUUAUCUGAACAGUCAAAUUGGACCGUAUUAGUAUUAGAAGCAGGGCAAGAUGAAUCUAUAUACACAGAUAUACCAGGAGCAGCAGAAUUUCUAGCAUCAACAGACUAUAACUGGGGAUACACAGCUGAACCAGCUAAAAAUGGAUGUUUUAGUUUUAAAAAUAACCGCUGUCCUUGGCCAAAAGGAAAAGGCAUGGGAGGAUCAUCAAUUAUAAAUUAUAUGUUAUAUACAAGAGGAAAAAAGGAGGAUUAUGAUACAAUUUCAGGACUCGGAAAUUCUGGUUGGGCUUAUAAAGAUGUGUUGCCCUAUUUUUUAAAAGCUGAAAAUAAUUCUAUACCAGAAUAUAAAAAUUCAUCUUUUCAUUCACAAAAAGGAAAUUUACAUGUUGAACGAACUCGAUAUCAUUCACCACUUAUGAACAAAUUUAUAGAAGCUGGGGGUGAAUUAGGACUGCAACAAAAUAUUGAUUACACAGUUAAUCCAGUGGAUGGAGUAUCGCGUAUACAAGCUACAACACUAAAUGGGCACAGAGUAAAUAUAAUUAAAUAUAAAUAUAUAUAUACAGUGGAACCUCGAUAACUCGAACCUCUAUAAGUCGAAUUUUCGAUAACUCGAAGGAAUACCUUGGCCCCUGGCUUCCAAUAUAUGAUAUGUAUGUGAUAUGUAUAUGUUUUCCAUAAGUCGAAUUUUCGAUAACUCAAAUUUUUUUUUCGCCCCCCCAACCGAUUCGAGUUAUCGAGGUUCCACUGUAUAUAUCUGUACAUAUAUAUUACAUACAAAUAAUAAUUUGCCAUCAUUAAUUAUGUAAAAGACAAUUUAUUUGCCUUUUCACUCAAUCUUUAUACAAAAUUAUAAACAAAUAGUGAUUAUUUUUAGUUAUUAAUUAUACCAUUAACUAUCUAUGUUAUAUUAUUAUUAAUUACAAGGUUAACUAAAGUAUGAUAGAUAUUUAUCAACCCAAAUAUUAUUAGGUAUAUAAAAUUAAAAUUGAUUUAUUUAAAUACUACUCUCUUGUCAAACAAUGUAAUUUUUCAAUGUACAUAAUACAAAAAUUUAAAAUUUAAAAUAUUUUAUUUCAGCAAAAUAAAAAUUUAUUAGUGAAAAAAAGUUAGGUACCUAUAAUAUAAUUUGAGAAAAAAUUUUGUCAAUACAAUUUAUACAUAAUAUUAUACUAGAUGAUUCAUUAAGCGUGCUCAAUCCAUUUUUUUUGUCUUAAUUUUACAUUUAUUUAAAUUCUGAUUUUUGUCUUUUAAGUGUAGUUAAAGCCAAUAUUUCUGAAUACCUACUAAAUUUUAUAACAAAAUCAACUUUGGUUUUUCAAAUGAAAACCUAUAUAAAAAUUGUUUUAUAAAACACUAAUGCGCCCUGUGCCGCCACAAAAAUGAUAUUACACUACCACUCUCCCACCACCUAAACUUAAGCGAAAUAUCACAUCGACGGGUAGACGGAAAUUAAAAAUUUUAACACCAAAAUUUAUUUUAACUAAUAUUUUAUUUAUUUAUGGAAUUUUUAAAAUAGGUUUUUAUUUGAAAAACCAAAGUUGGUAUCGUCACAGGAUACUCCUUAAAUGUUGUGAAAAAUCUUAGUACUCAAAAAUAUCAGCUUUAACUACACUUAAAAGUUCCAAAAAUAAAAAUGUGAAUGUAUGCGAAAUUUAACUGAAAAAAUGGCAAGAACACUUAGUGAAUCAUCCUGUAUAUUAGUUUUUUAGAAGGUAAAUAUUUUUUUUUAUAGGUAAGUGCAUCUAAAGCUUAUAUUCGCUCAGUUAAACAUCGUCAAAAUUUACAUGUGGCCAUAUUCAGUCGAGUAAAAAAAAUACUUAUUGAUCCACAAACUAAAAAAACAAUAGGAGUAGAAUUUGUAAAAAAGGGAAAAAAUAGAAUGGUAUAUGCUAGAAAGGAGGUAAUUUUAUCUGCUGGACCAAUAAAUUCACCACAAUUACUAAUGCUAUCGGGAAUUGGACCAAAUGAACAACUACAAAAGCUUAAUAUACCAGUUAUUCAAGAUUUACCAGUAGGACAAAAUUUACUGGACCAUUAUGGUACAAUUGGUAUGUAUUUAAUAGUUAAUUUAAUUUUUCUUUGGUCAUAAAUCUAGUUAAAAAUUUAAGUUUUUUAUAUUUUUCAAAACUUAUAUUUAACUUAAUGACUUUUAUGAUGAUGAAGUCAGACAUUGUCAAACUCUUCCACAAGUUUAAAAACUAUGCAUCUUUCUGUACUAGAAUAAAUAUCAUAAAAAAAAUAUUUUAACAUUUCACUUUACCCUAAAAAAGUGGAAACACAAAAUGAUUUAACAGUUCAUGUUACUAGAUAUAGAAAACCCAUUAAUAUAUAUUAUAAAAUCUAAAUACUUAAAUCUGUAACACCUUAAAAUACUAAAAUUUUAUCAAUUUUAACAAAUGAUCAGUUAAAUGGAAAAUGUUCAAAAGUAUCAGAUUAUUGCUACAUGUGUACAACAUAACUAACUUUAAUUAGAAAGAAUUAGAUAUUUAACUUUUCUUAAACUAGCAGAUCAAAGUCAGCAAAACAGAAUUAAUUACUUUUUUUUUUGUAAUCUAACUUUUUUGUUAUGAAUUAACAAAAUCAUGAAACUUAUAAUAAAAAAAAAAAAAAAAAAAAUAAUAAUAUUUUAGAAACCCUGAUAUAUUUUGAGUUAUAUGUUAAUGUCUAUUUUUUAUAAUUAUUCAGUGAUUUUUAAACCAUUGUUCUGACAACUUUUAUUUUUCUAACACUAAUAACACAUAUAUUUUUAAAAAAAAAAAGUUGGUCAAAUUUAUAAUGAUUUGAUAAAAUAAACACAUCAUUUGCAUUGUUAUUUUGUGGUAUAAAAAUAACUAAAACACAAAAUUACAUAAACUAAUUUGGUUGAAGGUUAACAUAUUUGUUUCAGUUGAACUCAUUUUCUUCUAAUUUUCUUCAAUAUGGUUAUUUUUAUAAAUGUGUAUAGUAUUCACCAAUAAUAAUGUUUUGUGGUGUGCUAAAAUAUCUAUCCAUAUUUAAAGUUAAUAUUAUUAAAGAAAUUGUUAACAUUUAUACAUAAAUUGGGUACCUAUAUUUUCUUUAAAGAUACUUACAUCUAAUAACGAAAAUUGGAUACCAAAUUUUUGUUUAGUAGAUCCAAUUUUAAGUAGUUUUAAUUUUAAUAUUGUGUAUUAAUAUUAAGCCUAUUAGCAAACUUCAAUGUAAAAAUAUUAUCUGUAUUUGUAUUUUGGUUUUCUUCAAUAUUUUAAUUUUUAUGCUACAUAAAAGUAUAUAAAAUAUUAUAAUAUAAAAAUUAUUUUAUCUUGAUUAAAAAUUAAAAUAUCGAACAAAAAUUUAAAGUACAGACACAGACAUUGUUCUUACCUUUAAGUUUGAUUAUAGGCCAAUUCACUUAAAUACAAAAAAAUAUUUAAAAUAAAAUAAAAAUAUAAAAUCUGUAAAUUUGUUAGCACAAUAAUCAAAUUUGGUAAAACAGUAUUAAAACUAAUAGCAUAAAAUUGAUUCCUCUAAAUGAAAAUUUGACAUUUAGUGAUUUUCAACAUAUAUUUACUAAUAUAUACUUAUUUAGUUAUAAAUGUUUAUAUAUUUUAAUAAAUGGAAGGGAGAAAAUUAAAUUUCUAUGAUGAUUUUGUUUUCACAAUAUUUAAAUUAUGUUGACAUACUUAAACUUUUUAAACAUUAAAUUAUGACAUUAAAUUCUAUAAUAUGUACUGUUUUUUAAUCAAAUUUUCACAAUAUCAAAAAUCUAUUAGGUGUUUAUCAGUUCAAAUAUUUCUGAGAUUUUAAAUUUAUAAUCUACACUCAUAUGUUGGGACAAAUUUUAUAAAGUAAUCAGACAGAUAGAUAACUAAUGCAAAUCUAAUUAUACAAUUUUCAUAAUCAUAGAUAAAAAAAAAAAGUAAGACUUCUCAUUUCACAUGAUAUACAAUGUAAACAAAUACUAUAUACAUAUAUAUAUAUAGAUAAAAAUAAUUAAAGGGAAAAAGCAAUUUUAACUUUAAACUAGAUUUAUUAUAAUGUUGAAUAUAUAUAUUUUAUUUAAAUUUGGUAAAAAAAAAUGUACUUUGUAUUGUUUAGCUUUACAGUUCACAGUAAAUCAAACAGGCCCAGCAAUCAAUAAAGGAACUAUAAUGGACCCGUAUUUGUUUCAAGAAUGGUUUAAAUAUGGUCGUGGACCACUUGUACUACCAGGAGGAGUAGAUGGAUUGGCUUAUGCAAAAUCACCAUCGGGCAAAGAAAUUGAAUUGAUAUUUGCUCCUGUAGGACCAACACCAAAUUCAUUUAUGAUUGCAACUUUGAUGUUACAGCCAGAUGGCCGGGGGAAUGUAACUUUAAGAAAUAAAAACCCAUGGAAUCCGCCAUUAAUGUCUUAUGGUUAUUAUGAAACUAAAACUGAUCUAGAUGCCAAUGUAUAUGCACUAAAAUAUGCAGUUAAAUUAGUAGAAGAAACUCAGGCAUUCAAAGAUGUUGAUGCUAAACUGGACCCAGCACCAUACCCAAAAUGUAGUCAUUUGUUAUUUAAAUCUGAUGAUUAUUGGGCUUGUGUAUCAAAAUAUUUAACUAAUACCUAUCAUCACCAAUGUGGUACAUGCAGAAUGGGAGAUGUCGUUAAUAAUAAAUUACAAGUGAUUGGAAUUCAAGGACUACGAGUAGUAGACUCAUCAAUAUUUCCACACAUACCUCAUGCACAUCUUUAUUCUCCAACUUUAAUGGUUGGUGAAAAAGCAUCAGAUAUGAUAAAAAGCUUUUGGUUGUAGAUGUUAAACAACUUUAUUUAUAUAUUUAUAAGAAAAAUAUAAACAUUUACUGAUUACAAGUAUAAUAUUAUGUAUAAAGUAUAAAUGUAUAUUACUCACCAGAAACAAUAAGUGCUUUAUUUGGUCCUACUGUGUGUAUUUGUCCCAUUUUUAAAAAAAAAAAUAUUUGUAUACUUAUUUAAACACAACCAUUAAGAGUUAAAAAUCAAAUGAUGAGUUAUUUUGUUAUAUCAUAAGUUUUAAGUAUUGCUGUUGAUAAUAUAUUUUAUUUAAGGUAAUAAAUAAUAAAAUACAACUAAUUAAAAAAAGGUUAAAAUUUUAAAUUUAUCUAAUGAACUACGUAAUGAAUUGUAAUGUAAGCAUAAU